GGUGGCUCAGUUCCCGUCUCUGUGUGACGCUGACCCCAGGAGCAGGAGUGGACAGCAGGACACCCGGCAGUCAGGAAUGGAGUCGGUGACCUUUGAGGACGUGGCUGUGAACUUCACCCUGGAGGAGUGGAGUUUGCUGAAUCCGUCUCAGGAGAAUCUGUAUAGAUCUGUGAUGCGGGAAACCAUCAGGAACCUGCAUGCUGUAGGACAAAAAUUGGGAGACCAGAACUUUGAAGUCAAGUAUAAAAAUCUUGGAAAAUAUCUAAGAAGUCAAGUGGUAGAGAGAUUCUGUGAACAUGAAGGCUGUCAAUGGGGAGAAGCCUUCAGCCAAACUUCACAUGAGAUUGUGAGCAAGAAAAUUCCUGGAGUAAUGCCAUGUGAAAGCCACAUGUGUGAAAUCCUCAAUGGUCACUCACCUGGAAAUGUGCCCCUCAGGGAUCACAGUAUACACAAACCAUAUGAGUACCCAGGAUAUAGAGAGAAGCCACAGAUAUGUAAGGGACGUGGGGAAACUUUCUGUUCUCCCCAAUGCCUGGAUAAGCAUGAAAGGACUCAUAUUGGAGAGAAACCCUAUGAAUGUAUGCAGUGUGAUAAAGCCUUCAGAUAUCUCAGUUCUCUUCAAAAUCAUAAAAGGAUUCACACUAGAAACAAACACCAUGAAUGUCAGCAAUGUGGGAAAACCUUCAGAAGACACAGGAACGUUCAGGUCCAUGAAAGAAGUCACACUGGAGAGAAACCCUAUGUGUGUAAGCUCUGUGAGAAAGCCUUCACUGUUUACAGUUCUCUUCGAACACAUGAAAGGACUCACACUGGAGAGAAACCCUAUUUAUGUAAGGAGUGUGGUAAAUCCUUUAUUGUAUCUAAGUACCUUCAAAUACAUAUGAGAAGUCACACUGGAGAAAAACCUUUUGUAUGCAAGCUGUGUGGGAAAGCCUUCAAUGAAUCAAGUUACCUUCAAAUACAUACAAGAAGUCACACUGGAGAAAAACCCUUUUUAUGUAAGCUGUGUGGCAAAGCCUUCUCUCAGUCCAGUUACGUUCAGAAACAUAUAAGAAGUCACAAUGGAGAACAACCCUUUUUAUGUAAGCUGUGUGGCAAAGCCUUCACUCAGUCCAGUUACCUUCAGAAACAUAAAAGAAUGCACACUGGAGAGAAACCUUACGUGUGUCAGCAAUGUGGGAAAGCCUUCACUCUAUCCAGUUACCUUAAAAUACAUACAAGAAUUCACACUGGAGAAAAACCUUAUGUAUGUGAGCAGUGUGGCAAAGCCUUCACUCAGUCCAGUUACCUUCAGACACAUAAAAGAAGUCACACUGGAGAGAAACCUUACGUGUGUCAGCAAUGUGGAAAAGCCUUCACGUUAUCCAGUUACCUUCUCAGGCAUGAAGUAGUUCACACAGGAGAAAAACCUUAUGUAUGCAAGGAAUGUGGCAAGGCCUUCACUAGAUCCAGUUACCUUCAGAAACAUAAAAGAACUCACACCGGAGAGAAACCUUAUGUAUGUAAGCAAUGUGGGAAAUCCUUCACUUUGUCCAGUUCCCUUCAAAGACAUGAAGUAGUUCACACAGGAGAAAAGCCUAUGUGUGUUAGCAAUGUGGAAAACCUUCAGUUGUUACAGCAGCAUUCAGAAGACUCACACUGAUCAGAAAGCCUGAUAAUGUGAUAAAUGUCAAGAAGUACAAAUGGCUCCAAUUUCUUUUUUUUUUUUUGUGUGGCACUAGGGUUUGAACUCAGGGCCUCCUGCUUGCAGGCAGGCACUCUUACCACUUAAGCCACUCCACCAGUCCCUUUUUUUUAAAAAUUGCAGUACUGGAUGCACUCUGGAGAGAUAAGUAUAGGAUGUGAGACUGGUUCCUUAUCAUCUGACCUUUCUAGCACUAGUAAUAUUAACAGUAUAAUGCACCUCAGAAUGCCUUGAGUUAUCUAAGUUCAAGUCACAGAUAGAAAUCUCUUGAAUAGAUGUGUAAGUUUUCACUUGGUCCCCAGGUAAGAAAAAUGCACACUAUAUCAAAAUAAUGUGAAUAUGAAAAAUAGUUCAAGUUGUCAAUUUUGUUGGGUGUGGUGGUAUGUGCCUGUAAUCCCAGCUGUCGGGAAGCUCAAGCAGGUCAAUUUCAAAUUUGAGUCUACCCUGGGCUACAUGGGAGCACUGUGAUUGGAGGGAAAACAAGUUUUCAGUUUUAAUAAUGUGAAUAUCCCAUAGCAAUUCCUCCUUUACUGAAAUCCUGUGAGUCUAAGAAACUUGAGGAGACUGAGAUGAAGGAGUUUGUAUAAUUCGUGUAGAAUGCUCCUGACAAUACCUGACCUGAAGGAAAUAUUCUAAAAGUUACACAUGUGCUGUUUGUAUUACUGGCUCAUUUUGAAAUAGCCGUUUCUAGGCUAUGUCUGUCUCAUUGAGAAUCUUGAAAUGUGUUGACACAAUUCUGUAAGUGGCAUUUAGGCAUUAAAGUGUAGGUUUGUAGGUGCUGCUAAUUUACUCUUGCCAGGUAAUAAAAUUUUCUUUUUUCUACUGUCCUUGACUAGCAGGUUCUCAGGCCACCUCUAUGGGAGAGGUUUCUGGGCUCCUUUGUAGGUCUGGAUGGCAACGCCACCAAGACUUUACAGGCACUUCUUAAUGUCAUUGAAGUAGAGUCCUGUGUGCUUUCUCUAUAUAGAAUUGGAGCGGAGUCCCUGCCACCACAAUAAGGUGGUGUCAAGACCAAGUGGACAAACAGAUGUUAGCAAGAAAUAUGCUGAGUGCCAGUGGCUUGACACUUGUAAUCCUAGCAUCUCAGGUGGUAGAGAGGUCAUGAGGAGCACAGUUCAAAGCUGGUCCUGCACAAGUAUUUCCUGAGACUGCAUUUUGAACAAACCCAUCACAAAAAGAGUGCUGGAGGAGUGGCUCAACCUGUAAGAGUGCCUGCCUAGCAAGUGUGAGGCCCUGAGUUCAAUCAC